GAUGAAAGGACUGGCCCAGUUUGUCAAGACUCAACAUAAUGCCCGAACCAAGUUGUACGACGAUUGCUUGUAUUGCGUUUAUCACCUUCCGCUCCUCCCAGGAAAUGAUGGCUAUCGUGUUAGAAGCAGCCCUGCUCUCAAGAGCCCAGGCGGGAAAACGGUUCUCGAUGAAGAAAUCGAGCGCAAUGAGCGCAGGGAGCACAGCGAAGGGUAUUUUGAGGAUACCGAAGAAUACAGUGUUCCCCACGAGGAGGGACCGAGUCCUAGCCGGAGUCCCGAUCGACGAUCUCCAGGUUCAGGAUCGCGCACCGAUUCUACCGACGAGUUUGCAUCGCGAGUCGCUCCCGAUGCCCUCGCGUUCGGCGAAUUAUUCGUUUUCUCAUAUGGCGUCGCUGUUUUCUGGAACUUCACAGCAAAGCAGGAACGCGAUAUUCUCGCCGAUCUCACCUUCUCCACCUUGUCAACCGGCAUCACGCUCGCGACACGCCCACUCGACGAAGAUGACUUCGAGACGGAAGAGUUUCACUUUGAGUACAAUCCGGACAUUCAACGACCGCGCGUGUACAAUGACAUGAUUACGUUGAAGAGUGGAGAUCAUAUGAUCAAGUUAGCCAUGAGCCACGCCAUCGCGCAGAGCACCAAACUCAGUCUAUUCGAAGAAGGAAUGGCACGCACUAUGCUAGCAGCGCAAUACGUCCCCAGGCGUCUAGCCUUGACAGGCAAACUCGGCAUGAGGCGAACAGAUGUAGUCAAGAUGAUAGGCCAACUCUUUACAAGUCGUGUAGAUGUAAAUCUCUCCUCAAACAUGCUCGACACCCCAAACUUCUUCUGGGACUCGGAACCCACUCUGCACCCCCUCUACACGGCCGUGCGCGAGUACCUCGAGAUCAAACCACGCAUCCAAGUCCUCAACGAGCGCUGCCGCGUCUUCCUCGACCUGGGCGAAAUCCUGUCCGACAGCAUCUCGGAUAAGAAGAUGACGCGCAUUACCAUGAUCAUCAUCUUCCUCAUCGUCAUCAGCAUCUGUGUGACUUGUCUCGAGGUUAUCUUGAGGUUUGCGAUUUUAAGUAAGAGGGGCAAGGUUGGUGUUGGUGCUGGUGAUGGGGAGAUGGCGUAUGCGGAUGGGAACGGUGGGAUGGGCGGGAUGGGCGUGGACAUGGUUAUGAGACGGAGUGCGGUUGCGGGGCCUACUCUGCUGUUUGGGAGGAUGGUUGGGUGGGGGUUUGGCAGGGUUAAGGGGGCUGUUUUGGGGUGA